UGCUCAGAAAGGAACGCGAUUUCAAUACAACCAGAAAUAUUAUUUAUUCCACUUCACACUGCCUUCCUCCAGUCCUCCACUGCAGGAGAUCCUCUUAUGUGUGAUGGUGAAAUGUGAGACUCGGUGUACUGACAGUGUUGUCAAAUAAAGCAGUUAAUGCGGUCCAAUAAUGGAGAACAUGGCGGAGGCGCUCAGUGCAGGAGGCGUCCAUGGGGAGGAAAGCGAGUGCAAAAUAUGCUACAACUACUUCGAUUUGGAGCGCCACAGUCCCAAACUGCUGAGCUGCUCCCACACCUUCUGCCUGGAAUGCCUCGAAACGUUGCACUUCCGGGAGGGUCGGGGCUGGAGAAUCGUUUGCCCCGUGUGUCGCCACCGAACUCCUUUACCGGAACGUCGGGUUCGCAACCUCCCCGACAACACAGCUCUCACCGAGGAGCUCUCGCACAAAAAGCGGGAGCCCGAGGACUCAUUAAACGCGGAAAGGCUGCCGGGUCCGCCCGCCUCUCCUGCGACCUCCACGGAGACCGGCCACAGCGGAUGGGAGGCGUGCAAACACGUUGCAUUCAAGACCAGUUGCGUGUGCGCCAUCUUCUCCUUCCUCUCCACGCUGCUGCUCGUGUUUCUGGGCCUCGUCUUUGUGCAUAACCUCAGCCACAUCAGGUCGCUCGUCCCUGUCUGCUUGUCUGUUGCCAGCAUUCUUGCCCUGUUCUCGCUCAUCCUGACUUGGUUAGCCUGCAUGCUUUAUCAGCCUGAAACCGAGGCAAGCGACUCAGUUUAUCUCAAUAUCACGUGAUCACCCGGAUACACCAACGAAACCCAGCCUGUUGAGAACUAUUCAAAGAGAAAUGGUUAUCAUUUUAUUUUUUCAGAGUGAUUAUAAAUCCCGUAUGGCACUUUAGUAAAAGGUAUGUUUGUGGAUAAUUGUAAUAACAUCAGUAAACGGUGCACAAACUAUGUUUGAACUUGUGCAGACUGCCACACUGUCAUGCUGUACUGGGACACUUUACCUAAACAGAGCCAUUAAUAAUAACUUCAAAUCUAAAGCAGGCUUUAGCUUAGCGUCCCAAGGUGCAUUGAAACAGCUGUAUGAGUAAAGCUAAUGGGACAUGACAGAAUUAUUCCUAUCUUCUGUGCCCGUUUACCUUAAAACUACCUCUGUGUGAUUACACUGACUCCCCAUGGUGGGCCGGGGCAGCAGCAGGGGAUCCCAGGUCAGUCACCCUGAGGGGACAUGGGCCUUAACAAGAUGAGAAAAAUAACUUUGGGGUUGGGGGCCUAAAUAAGUAGUUUUUUGAAGUGUUGACACAAUGGAAG